AUGCGUUCUCGCUGGGGAGGUCCUCUCUCGGUGGCGAGUUCCGGCCGGUCGGCGGCUAGACUUCUUGGGAUGGUAGGGGGUGACCAACGGUCACCCCCUCGUCCUCCUCCUCGGAGUGGGGGCGGAAAAGAGUCGGGUGGAGGGAAAGUUUCGGAUGGCAAAUCUGGCGCUCGCAAUGAUGUGAAGGGAGGCUCGGGGGGCAGCUCUACUGGGACUGGUUCGGCGGAAGGUACAGGUGCGGAGGGGGAUAAGAGAUCUCCUUUGCGUGGGUUAAACAGAGUCAGGGACAACGGGGCAGCUAAAGAGCAGGUUGUGUAUGUUCGAUCCCCCGUCAGGGGGGGGUUGGGGGGGGCGACUAGAAUGGAGGUGGCAGGGCCUGCGGGAAAUGUUCGAGCCUUGGGCGACAAUGCUCGGCUGGGGACUGGAGCUGCGGGGCGUAUGCCGGCUGGUGAGGGGGAACCCAAGUCUGCUGGUAAGGCUUUGGCGGACCUAACUGUUGACAGUAGGUGUGGAUCCAGCAGUUUGGUGGGGGCUGGGUCGCAUAUGGAGCUGGAUGGCCUGGAUCUGACCCCUCAGGCGAUCAAAGAUCGUGGGGACGGAAUGGAGUUUAUGGGGAGCGAUGAGGUGGUGGAAUUUUUGAAGGAGGUCCAGGGCAACAUUGGUGUGACUCCUUUGGUAGCUGCUGCAAGUCUCCCGACCGUGGAGGUUAAGUCAAAGAAGGAUGGUGCAUCGAACAGCAAGGUGUUUGAUUUGUAA